AUGGCAGACCCUUCAUUGACGCCGGCGCAAGCCACGAAGAUCGAUGCUGAUCCCGCAGGUGACCUGGUGUUGGUCAUCGGCUCUGGCGACAAUCAGAGAUCGAUCCGAGCUUCGUCUAAGGUACUCAGCUUAGCCUCGCCUGUCUUGGCUGCGAUGUUCAGUCCUCGUCGUUUCUUGGAGGGUACAUCUCUGUCCUCUUCAAACCCUCCAGAGAUUUAUCUUCCAGAGGAUGAUCCCGAGGCAGUCACCAUGUUUUGUCACAUCGUUCACUUCCGAGAAUAUCAUGGCAAGCAACCCGGUCCUUCGUUCAAUCAGCUCAGGGAUAUGGCAUUUUUUUGCGACAAGUAUGACGCUGGGUUAGCGUUCAAUCCCUGGAGCGAGCUAUGGUUGCGUGCCCGCUUAGGCUCCGAAACACCUGGAGGCUACGGAACCUUGCUGGCCCUCGCGUAUGCUUUCGAUAACCAAGAGAAUUUCUGGACCACCUCUCGUAACAUGAUACAGUACGACACGGUCGAGCGUUCGCGUGAUACAAUAGAUGAGCUUUUUACAUUGCUUCCUCAGGGCUUGUACGCAUCAAUCGACCAAGAUCGCAAGUCUGGUCUACUUGACCUUUCUUCAACGGUGGAACACAUCAUGGCUCGAUUCUUUCAGGACAGCCCUAGAAAAUUAUCGUCCCAGAUCAUUCAGGUUAGAGCCGGUUAUGUCUUCAAAGAACUAUAUCGGCUCAAUAUUUGGCCAAUCUCAACUCGUGUCCAAACAAGCAACUUGGACCGUAUCCAGAGAGCAAUUACCAAUUUCAAUGAGCAGGAAAACGCCGCCUUCAAACAGGAGUUGAUAACUGUAGUAGACAGGGCGGUGGACGCGCAGAAAGGUCUUUGCCUCUGGUGUGUACGAAAAGGAAACAUCCACUCGCACCAAGGCAAUUGCCAUGCCCGUCUUCGAUAUCUUUGUACUGGCUAG